AUGGAUCUGGACCAACAAGUCAGGUUGAUUGACGUCUCUUCGGUUCAGCAAAUCCUGCCAAACCACAAAUGCCGGGCAGAGAAGCAGAAGCCUCUCUCCGUGGAGCAGCUCAUGCGACUGCUAAAGGAGCUGUUUAAGAGAACCAGAUUAGAGAAACCAGGCCAGGUGGAGCCAGAGGCGGCCGAACUAACUCUGAGCCUCCUGACCUCUGCGUAUGACAGGAAUGGAGUGGGCUUUAUCCAGCCCCGAUCAGCUGCAGCUGCUCUAAUUGCUCUCUCAGGGGAUGGCCUGCUUACCAAAUAUAGAGCUCUCUUUCAGCUUUACGCAACCUGUGCAGGAAGGAGCGGCAGCCAGACUCAUAUUUCUCGAAAUGGUGUGCGGAACCUGCUAACAGACUUGCUCCAGAUCCUGGCAGUCGUGGGAGAAUGCCGUAACCUGUCCAACGUGGAAAUUGCAGUGAAGAGUUGUUUCAGUGGGGUUCUGGGUUCUGCAGUUGAUGAAGAGAGGUUCUUAGCUUGGCUCCAGUCUGAACCUGCCAUCCUCCUCUGGCUCCCCACCUGCUACAGAUUGUCAGCAACAGAAAUGGUCAAACACCAGGUCAAAUGUAACAUCUGCAAGAGAUUUCCCAUCACUGGCCUAAGAUAUCGUUGCCUGAAGUGCCUGAACUUUGACAUUUGCCAAGUCUGUUUCUUUACUGGACAACUCUGCAAACCCCACAAGAAAUAUCACCCUGUGAUGGAGCACUGUGUGCCGGUGUCCACAAAGGAGAGGACAAAGUUGUUUUUCCGCAUCAUCCGAAACAACUUGCUACAAGGGCGCUGCGAGAGGAAGGAAGCUCUGAGAAGGAAGACCUUGAUGGUGAUGGGGGAUGCAGGCUACUCUCCUGACAGCCGUGCACACUUCUGCUCUAGUCAUUCCACUUCUUCAAGGCGGCAUGUGCCACCUAAUCCUGUCUGCUCAGUGCAUAGUACUUUAGGCCGGCAGUUAAGCAGUCUUUUAGAUGCCAAAGUAUCCCAAGGACGGACGAUGGGGAACGACAGUAGCCUACUAUGUCAAGAGAAAACAUCCAGUCAGGCACUUGCUUCUCUUAAGGCGGAAUUGGCUAAAACACAGGAAUCCAUCAAGGCCCUUCAGAGCGAGAGGAGGUACUUGAAGAAGCAACUGAACAAGUGCAAGGGCAAAAUACAGCUCCUUCACUCGGCUCAGGAAGACAGAAACCAUGCACUACAAGCAAAGAUCCGUGAGCUAUUGGGAAGCCAGGGUAACCUCAAGCUGGAGCUUCAGGAAAUGAGAGAGGAAAUUAAGAACAUCACUAUAUGGAGCAAGGAGCCCUUGAAGGACAGAAAUCUCCAGGCUGGAUCUGGUUGCCCUUCGUUAAAGCCCAACCGUGUGGAAUAUUCAAAAUACAAGUCUUCAGAGCUCCUCUCCUCUUGGAUUAAAAGGAAGUGGCUUUCGGAACCACAGGGUGGUCUUCUUGCCAGAAACGUAGGAGGGUCACCGGAGAACACGCUGAGAGCACAACUCUUCCCAAAUGCAACUCCUGAGGUUGCUCAUCAUGAAAGCCCCCAAGAGAGAAUUGCUCCACUAACAUACAGCUCUGAAGCAAACAGGGACUGCCUCAGUAAUGAGAUUAGGAGCAUAAGCCCUAACUAUUCCACAGCAACGGAAGCUCUUCAUAAUGAGAUGCAGAUGGAGGAGGAGGGACUGCAACAGUUAAUGAUGAAGUUGAAGGAUGCCUUGUCUCUCCCAGUAUGGCAAGGUCAGCUCUCUGUUCUUAAGGAAGGAUUGCUCUUAACAGCUAAGAAUGUUUGCAAGUCUUUCUCUGAUCUUAUCAGCCAAGUGACCUCGCCAACUAGGAAAUAUGGUUAUGCUGAUACAGGUUCUCCUACCGUCAUCACUGCCUGAUUGCCUAAGGUUUAAUUCCAUCCCAUGAACUUUAUUUGAUAUGAUAGCUAAUUUAUAACAAGACUGUGGGAAUCGACGAAUGAGUUCUGCCAGCGGAAACCCUGCACGAGGACUUCAACUUGUGCUGUGAUGCUUCCUCCUUCCCUUCCCUGAGCCCUCCAAAAUUGGCUUGGGGGUAGGGAAGACUGGGCGAAACCUUGGAACAGAGUGCAGGGGGUGGACUGGGGAACAUUGCGUCUGGCAAGUCAAAAUGCUUGCACUUAUGGGACAAUCAGAGGAGGGUGAUGUUUAAUCCCUCCCAACGAACAUACUUCAGAUCUUCCUGAUCAUGAGAUCAAAUGUUGCAUGUGGUAAAAUAAACCAGAAUGAAUGAAACAGCUGCUCCUCACGUUUGGAUUUGGAUUUGAUACCCCGCUUUAUCACUACCCGAAGGAGUCUCAAAGCUGCUAGCAUUCUCUUUUCCCUUCCUCCCCCCCAACAAACACUCUGUGAGGUGAGUGAGGCUGAGAGACUUCAGAGAAGUGUGACUAGCCCAAGGUCACCCAGCAGCUGCAUGUGGAGGAGCGGAGACGCGAACCAAGUUCCCUAGAUUACCAGUCUACCACUCUUAACCACUACACCACGCUGGCUCUCUGCAAACUUACAUGGUGUGCGAGUGAUUAACAUUAAUUGUCGGCAAUUUAACAGGAAUAAGUGGGGAAGUACAGCACUUAAUUUAAAUUAAGCAUUUCAUGCCUGUGGCUGCAAGUUAGUUUAAUUAACAAGUGUUAACAGGUAUUUAAUCUCUGUUAAAGUAAUUUGCAUGGUAAAUGAACACGGACUGGAAUAUCCCUCACCUGUACACUUCCCUGGGCACUGGAUGAACUUGACACACACAACAUUCAGGGGACCACUAAAGCUACAGUGAAUUAAUCAAUCAGUUGAGUAAGGAAAGAAUCGGGACAAAAUAUCAAAUCUAACUAAGCAUGAGAUUGGGGGGAGAAAAAGCUCAAUAGGUCUUCCUAACACUUUCGUUGUGUCAUGGUUUCUUACUUUUUGAAAUAUGGCAACUUUAACCUAUCCAAAUAAACAUUUUGCACAGCUCUAGCCAUUGUGAAGCUCAGAUGAAAUGAAGAUGCUCCUGCUAUAAUGGUUACCCUGCUUAAGAAUCAGCAGUUUGCUUCAUUUUAAUAAGAUGCCAGAUAAUAUUUCUCUCUGUGUUGUGUGGCCCAUCAAUUUUUCUUUUUCAUCAGUUAAUCAUGGAAGUGGAUGUUUCUGUUAAAUUAGCAUGGGCUGACUGCGUAGUGAAACGAAAGCCUAGCUGAAAUUUAGAUAGCCUGGUUUAUUUCCUUCUCAUUUA